AUGAAUAAAAAUUAGGAGAAUUACUUUAGAAAUAAUAAUAAGAAGUAGAAGAAUUUUAAUUAUAAAUAGAAUAAAAUAAAACAGCUCUUUAAAAUCAAGAAGAUGAAAUAGAUUAAAAAAUUUAAUAAGUUGAAUAAUAAGAUGAAUAAUAAUAAUUUACUUAAGAUUAGUUAGAAUAAAAUGUUGAAUCAUUAAAGAAUUCAAUUUAGAGAAGUAGAGAAUAAAUUGAAAAAUUAACAGAAUAAAGAGAUGCACUUCUUGUAAAAAGUAGAGAAUUGGCUCAAAAAUAAUAAGAAUUAAAAAUAUAAUAAUAAUAAAUCUUAAAAUAAUUAAAAUAAAAUGAAGAUGAAGAAGAAGAAGAUAAUAAACCUGUAUUAUUUUUAUUAUUAUUAUAGAUAUUUUACUUAGGCAAACCAUAUUAAUGUAUCACAUAAUAUCUCAAGUAAAUCUUUCUCGAAAUAUGAUUGCUAGAUUAAUUAAACAUUAAUUUUUGAAAUUAAAUGUAUUUGA